UGCAGCCAUCCCGUUUUCAUACAUAUAAAAUGGUUAGCAUUUUUGCUUAGUUGUUUCAAAGGCGAAUAUAUUGAAGCAGAGAAGUAGAGAUCAUUAGUCUAAAAAUGGGGUUCUUCACCCUCUUGAAGGUGGCCUCGAUGCCGAUUGUGCAGAUGCUGAUCAUAAGCAUGGUGGGAGCCUUCAUGGCAACUGACUAUCUCAAUCUCCUCCCACCUGAUGCAAGAAACUACAUGAACAAAAUUGUGUACGUGGCCUUCACUCCAUCGCUCGUGUUUGGAAGCCUCGCGAGUACUGUCAACUUCCAAGACAUCAUCUCGUGGUGGUUUAUGCCGGUGAACAUUGGACUAACGUUCGUGUUUGGGGCGAGUCUGGGAUGGAUAGUGGUGAAACUACUUAGACCACAGCCAUACAUAGCAAAUCUAAUCCUAGCCAUUUGUUCAGCUGGGAAUUUGGGGAACAUUUUGUUGAUCAUUAUCCCUGCUAUCUGCAAGCAGAAGGGCAGCCCUUUUGGAGAUGCAAAUGCUUGUUCCACGCUCGGCCUUUCCUACGUUUCUUACUCAAUGGCGGUGGGAGCCUUCUAUGUGUGGACGUACGCAUUUCACUUGAUACGAAGUGCUGCUGUUAAAUACAGAGCAGCACUUGUUGAGGAUGUUCCGAGCAAGGAUUUAGAGGGAGAUGAUGGCAUUCACGAGUCUCUUCUUCUUCUUCAACCUAUUGAAGUGAAGCAUAGUUCAAGGAAAUUGGGGGAAGCUUUUGGGAUUCUGCAUAAACUAGUAGAGGAGCUAAUGUCUCCUCCUGUGGUUGCUGCUACAUUGGGAUUCAUAUUUGGAGCAGUGGCAUGGCUGGGAGAUAUUUUAAUCCCUGAAAAUGCGCCGCUCAGAGUUAUCUACGACUCUAUAUCCUUGCUCGGGGAUGGAACCAUUCCUUGCAUCACCCUUAUACUGGGAGGCAACCUAACACAAGGGUUGCGCAAGGCGAAGCUGAAUCCGAUGCUGAUAGUGGCGGUGAUAGUAGUUAAAUACGUAAUGCUUCAUGUGAUUGGGAUAGGUGUUGUGCUCGGAGCUGCACGUCUGGGAUUCCUGCCUUCGGAUCCACUUUUUCGGUUCGUGCUGAUGAUUCAGUUCACUCUUCCACCUGCCAUGAACAUUGGUACGAUGACGCAGCUGUUUGAUGUGGCUCAAGAAGAGUGUUCAGUUCUGUUUCUGUGGACUUACUUGGCUGCAGCCAUUGCUCUAACUGCUUGGUCCACCCUUUUCAUGUGGAUCUUGACCUAAUUAUAUAACUCAAUCCAACCUAUAUUUCUUACUAUGCAUAGUGAUGGAUCCGCGAAUUUCUGAUGUUAGUAAAUGCUGGUAGAGAAUGAAAACUACAACACACAGAAUUUACGUGGUUCGAUUUACUGAAGUAAAUCUACGUCCACGGGAAGAAAGGAGGGCA